CACAAUGGAGGUUCCCCCAGCAUCCAAACUUGGUGAGACCUUUGUGUUUGAAGAUGGGUUAGAGAUGCAGCAAGAACUUUUCCCAGAGGAGGACCUAGGGGACGCAUUUCUUCAGGAAAGAGGUUUAGAGCAAAUGGCCGUUAUCUAUAAGGAGAUCCCUCUUGGGGAGCCAAACGAGGAACAUGAUGAUUACGAGGGGAAUUUCAGUCUGUGCUCAAGCCCUGUUCAGCACCAGAGUAUCCCCCAAGUCAACAAACCCCAGGAUGAUGACAUAUUUGGCCAAACCUUCCUCCAGAAAUCAGACCUUAGUAUGUGUCAGUUAAUCCAUGGUGGAGAAGAACCCAGCAAACACGACUAUGAGCUAGUGGGCAGGGGGGACUCGGGACCUAAUGAGCCUCACAGAACUGCACAACCACCAAAACCCUAUGCAUGUCGGGAAUGUGGGAAGGCCUUCAGCCAGAGCUCGCACCUUCUUAGGCACCUGGUGAUCCACACUGGGGAGAAGCCCUACGAGUGCUGUGAGUGUGGGAAGGCCUUCAGCCAGAGCUCGCACCUUCUCAGACAUCAGAUAAUCCACACCGGGGAGAAGCCCUACGAAUGCCCAGAAUGUGGAAAAGCCUUUCGCCAGAGCUCAGCCCUCACACAGCAUCAGAAAACCCACACUGGGAAGAGACCCUAUGAAUGUAGGGAAUGCGGGAAAGAUUUCAGUCGGAGCUCAAGUCUGAGAAAACAUGAGAGAAUUCAUACUGGAGAAAAACCUUAUCAGUGUAAGGAAUGUGGGAAAUCCUUCAACCAGAGUUCAGGCCUGAGCCAGCAUCGGAAAAUCCACACCCUAAAGAAACCUCACCAAUGCGAUCUCUGCGGAAAGGCCUUCUGUCACAGGUCCCACCUCAUUCGGCACCAGAGGAUUCACACUGGGAAGAAACCGUACAAAUGCGAGGAGUGUGGGAAGGCCUUCAGCCAGAGCUCCAACCUCAUUGAGCAUCGGAAGACCCACACCGGUGAGAAACCCUACAAAUGCCAUAAGUGUGGGAAAGCCUUCAGCCAGAGUUCCUCCCUCAUUGAGCACCAGCGGAUUCACACUGGGGAGAAGCCUUAUGAGUGCGGCCAGUGCGGGAAGGCCUUCUGCCACAGCUCCGCACUGAUUCAGCACCAGAGAAUCCACACCGGGAAGAAACCCUACGCGUGCAAUGAGUGUGGCAAAGCCUUCCGGCACAGGUCGGCCCUUAUCGAACAUUAUAAAACCCACACCAGAGAGAAACCCUACGAGUGUAACAAAUGCGGCAAGUCCUUCAGGGGGAGCUCACACCUUAUUCGGCAUCAGAAAAUCCAUGCUGGGGAGAAGCUCUAGAAGGAGGAGCUCACACCAAAGCUUGAAAGCCUUUCCCAGAUGGAGCCCACGCCCAGUCACUUUAUCUGCAAGGCUCCAUCCACCUGCCCCAUAACAGAGUUGGACCUAGUGCUCCUGAGCACCCACACCAGCAGCAAGGGCCCCUCUUGGCCAGGCAAUCAGCAGGUUUUCUGAGCACAAGGGAGGAUGGGGGGAUAGAAAGGCUGCCAGAAUGGCUGAGCACCUGAAAAGAGAAUGGGCCUUCGAUUUCUCAUUCUCACAUUUGACUUCCAAGCCUGUGAGGUUCAGUUCUGCCCUCUAUUCCAGAAUCCAGAAUAGAAAUGACUGUAAGAGGGAGAAAGUUGAGUUAAACCCACGAGAAUGCCAGGUGAGAACUCUAACAUCAGGCUACAGUUUGGCACUUUCAGUAGAAGGAACCAUUCUCACAGUCCAAAUUAGCUGAAGAAAAAUGAAUCCAAAAAGUAGAUACCUCAGCCACAAAAUGGAAUCUUCUGCCUGGUUUGGGUACUUGUAGGUACAACCCAAACAGGUUACAGAACAAAGGGAGUGUCUGGAAGGAUUAGGUUUGGGACUGGGAGGGAGGGUGCGAGUCCCUGGUGUGGUCCCUUAAUCCUAUUCUGUGUUAGAGUGAGGGGGGUCUCUUUCAAGGAGAGUAGAGGUUUGGUCCUGCAGGCCAGAGGGCAUUUGAUGCCCAGCUCUGACUCAGCCCAGGCCCACGGCACCAGUGCCCGCCAGGAGCAGGCCCUCCACCAGACCCGGGGCUCCUAAAACCACAGCGUGCCUUGGACAUCAGUAGGGCUCCUUUCUGGUCUGGCAGCUAUGCAGCCUCUCCACCUUCCAGUGCAGGCUCGGGCGGGGCGGGGGAUGUUGGAAGCAGGGUGAUUCAAUUAGAGAUCUGGGUGCAAGUCUCAGGUCCAUCCCUCCUACCUAUGUGUCCUUGAGGAACCCCCAAGGCUCAGUUUUCCUACCUGUGAAAUGGAGAUCGUGGGGUCUGGCCCCACACUUUGAGGAUUGGUGCAAGCCUCCCAUUCAGAAUGAGAGCACAUAUGAAAGUGCUUUGACAACUAGGGAUUGAGCGUGGAUACCCAGAGUGACCUCUGCCCUGCCCCCCCCCGCCCCCCGCCCCGAAACACUGUCCUUGAAACCUGGAGAGGCAUCCCCAUCUGCUUCCUGAAAUGGCAGAGCUUGCAGCAGGCCCUCACUAAACCAGGCUUCCCCAUACUCCCUCAGGCUUGUACCCUGGGCUGGGGUGCCCUGUGUUUAUCUUACAGAUGUUUCCCGGAAGCCAUCCUGAGCCUCCCUGUGGUGUUCAGUCCAUGUCCCUGUACUUCUCUCUGUUCUCCCACUGCCAACCGGUGUUCAUCUGGGACCAGUUCAGUGGGCUUCCCCAGAGGUGGGGCUCGGUGGCGUGUUUUUAAAGCUCCAGGUGGUUAUAAUGUCCCAGCAUGCAUCCAGGCCGUGAGCCCUGUGCUGGGCACCCAUGCCACCCCACAUCUCUCAAAUGACAGGCCUGCUUGCCCUGACUGAGCAGAGCUUGAAGGUGGCCCAGGAACCACACACUGACAGGUCUGGCUAGUUGGUCAUUGUUUGUCCCAGGCCCUCAGGCCUUCGUGUGCCCAUGGGGAUCUAGAACUGGCAUUCCCCUCAGGUUUCUCAGCUAGUGUGGGAGGAGGCGGUCUGAGCUAUUUUGAAGUUUUCCAAACAUUUAUGGCUGGAAUCCCAUGAAGCUAUCAUGGUAAAGCUGAUUAUUUCAGCCAAUCAGAAGUUCAGCUUGGCAGAUAUGUGCAGUUUUGAUGAAAAAAAUGGGAGAGCCGCCCUGGCUAGUUUUCUCAGAGUCAGUCCUCGGACUAACGGGUCACAGGUUCAGUUCUGGUCAAGGGCACAUAUCUCCAUUGUAGGCUCAAUCC